AUGGAAGUUCUGAAUACAACCGUUGACCUGGGGACUCUACGGGGGAAAAGUGCUCUCAUCACUGGUGGUGCAUCAGGCAUCGGGUUGGCCACGGCGCGAGCAUGGGCAGCAGCCGGUAUGUAUGUUACUAUUGCUGACAUUCAACCUCUAGAGACGGGGCAGAACAUCCUCGCCGACCUAGCAGGCGGACACGUCCACUACGUCUGCUGCGAUGUGACCUCGUGGGAGAGCCAAAUCAAAGCCUUCAAAGAAGCAAUUCAAUUCACCCCUUCGAAGGCCCUUGACAUUGUGGCGGCCUUUGCAGGUGUCUCCUUUGCAGGCGGAAACCAGGUUGACCACGUCUUGGCCGCUGGUGAUCCUCGUCUGGACGUGAAUCCAUCCCCCCCGGAUAUUCGCAACAUCCAGGUGAACUUGAUCGGCGUCUACUACACCUCGUGGCUGGGCCUGUAUUACCUGCGCCUUCCCCCGACAAACAAGGCCGCCAAUCCGUCCCCUGACAAGUCACUGAUCCUCAUGGGCUCCAUCGGGUCGUACAUGGACAGCCCCAAGGCCUCAACCUAUCCCGCCAGCAAGUUUGGCGUCCGGGGGUUAUUUCGCAGCACUCGGGCUCGCACGCGGGAGCUGGGAGUACGCUGUAACCUUCUUGCUCCUUGGUUCAUCGACACCCCACUGAUUGCGCCUAUGAAGAAGGCUAUGGCUGCUCGAGGAAUCGACAUGGCGCAGCGGUUGACGUUUGCGAGCGUCGACGCCUGCGUGGAGGCGGCCACCACUUGCGCUGCUAAUCCCCAGCUCCACGGUACGCCCCCAAUGCGGUAUGCCUAUUGCCUUAAAACCUAA